CAUCUCCUUCAUCACCUUCAUCUCCUUCAUCACCUUCAUCUCCUUCAUCACCUUCAUCAUCAGCAUGUCCAGCCUCCUGCUCCUCGUCCUCUCUGCUCUGCUGACCUCAGCGCUCUGCUGUGAUUGGCUGUCACAUUACAGCCAGAUGAGUGGAGAGUCUCUGAAACUGAUCAAAAGCAUGGGUGGUCCGCUGACUGACGAGCGUCCCGUCCCGUUCCCUAACAAACUCUACAGCCGUAUCAGGAGGGUUCCGGUGCACUCUCAGCUGGCGUUCGUCGAGGAAACUCUGACGCUCAUGGCUCAGCUGUUCGACAAUGCCAACAUGUCCACCGCCGGCUGGAACCAAACCUCUACCGACAAAUUCCUGAUGACCAUCGAGAGGCAGCGGGAUGACAUCAGCAGUUGUAUUCCCUCCAAAACAUCAGCUGUCGCCGGGCUGCAGAGAUACUUCAGGAGGCUGGAGAAAGUGACCCUGCUCCACACUGGGGCCAGCAGGGGUGCCUGGGAGCAGGUGAGGCGGGAGUCCUGGGCUCACCUGGUGCAGCUGGAUGUUCUGGUUCAGCAGAUCAGGGAUCAGUCUGCAAGGCGGCGCUGACAUCAUCCUUUAUUAUCC